CAACAUCUAGCUGUCAACAAAGACUCCCUUGUGCUGUGAGUUAUUGUGUGGUUACCUCUACAUCAGAUAAGAGAAGGAAACAGUGGUGUAUCCUACUUUAUCAAUAUGCCGACAGGAAUAAACUUGCCAAGUGGGAUGCACAUACUAUAAUUUUAUUACGAUGAGGGUGGCUAAGAAUGAGGAAUGAUUCUGUGAACAAUGGAAGAGAAAACAGCUAGAAGCAGUGCACCUGGAUCUAGAGAAUUACCCAGCAGCAUUCUGUGGCCAGAUUACACUCCUACAAGAUCUUCCCUAUCACCCAGGAUUCAGGAACUUGCUCACCCAAAAUUGUCAAAGGCAAUAUGGACCACACCUUAUGGGGAAAAAAUAGUUUGGGGGAACCAGGAGCCCAUCAGACCUAUCUCCUCUGGAGCUCUGUCUGCUGAACCUUCAGAGCGAAUUUCAUCCCUUGCACAACCGAAAAAGGAUAACCAAAGGAAAGCACAUCAGCACAGGUCAAUAUUUUGGUAUAGCUGUGGGCGAGAAUCAAGGAUCUGGGAACUACCACCUCCUGCUUUAACAAUGUUACCUUCUGACCGAAUUCUGCACCUAGCUGAACCAAAAAAGUACAGACCACAAACGUAUCUACAUGACUCUUCUGACUGUUAUCCAGAGUCUCCUAUUUGGAAGAUAAAGCCUGCUGCGCUGCAAUGUAAGGCUUCUGCACAUGUAAUUCAUCUUUCACAUCCGAAGGCACUGCAUCUAGAUUUUAAGUGUGACAGAGAGGUUGAGACUCGUGUUUCUCUAUCUGCAAGAGAAGCACGCUCAUCUGAAAGAACAGACCGGCUUGCCAUUCCAAAAGAUCGAAGGGAGACCAUGUUUUUUGAGACUGGAGCACCAGAGGAACCAAUACGCCCGGUAUCAAAAUCUGCCUGUUUUAGUACUGCAAGCUCACGGAUACAAGAACUCGCUAAAACCAAAAAGUUGCCUGAAGGAUAUCAGCCUGAAAGAAAUGUGAUUUGGAUAGUGUCAAAUGCUGCAAAGCGUGCAGUUGCCACACCUAGAAUUGAAGAAUUAGCAAAGCCACUCAGAGGUUAAACUGGUAGAUGGAGCAUGCAGCACGUUCAAAAUAAGUUGGUGGCUGUACAACGUAACAUCAACUACUCACUUACUAUGACGACAUCUAAGCUCGGUCAGAUUGAGUAGAAACGUCAUCAUUAUCUGCUGACCGGAUGGAAUAUGAAGAUGGCUUGCAUAUCAAGGGACUGAUCAUUCUGACUCCUAAGCUAGGCCUCAUGUAGCUUGCCAUAGCUUUGAUUGUCUCUUAUUUUCACUACAUGUCCUCCUAUUACUAUGGUUAUAUCGUUAAGCAGACUGAACUCUUGCUUCAGAUCAACUUACUGCUUAAUAUUAAUGUUCUCAUUAAGCCACAACAAGUACAUAGUUCUGUACUUGUCUUGUUAAUUUUAUGCACCAUGGUUCUUAUUGCCACUGUGAUUUCCAUUCAGAAGGUGGUGGAUACAGACAGGUAAUACACCUGACACAUAUAACCACAACAGUAGAGUGCAAUGAUGUAGCAAAUAAUAAUACCUACAUCAUGCCCUUAGCAGGUCACCUAUACUUCGCUCUUCUUUAUGUUCAGACUUCUGAUUAAUGUAUAAUAAGACAUUAGCACUAAACUACCACUAUGUUGCUGGCUUGUAAUUCCAAAAUAUUACUGAACAUUGACUGUUAAUGUGUAUAGUUUUUAUUAAAUGUUUAUACUUGUUUUUGGUCACUGUAACAGUAUAUUUUCUUACUUAGCUGAGUACAUGGCCAACUACUGGAUUACACUGGAAUAUUGUCAUGUAUCCAAAGCAAAUUAUAUUUCUUGUUUUCAGAAAAAAAAUGUCUACUUGUAUGCCUGCAGGAGUCACAGAAGUGCUAGUGUUUUAGCAGUUAAUUGUAUUUUUUUUUUGGAAUGCAGACAAUAUCAUAAAGAUGCCCUUCUUAGUCAUUCCACCCAUUCAUCACAAAAAUUGUUUUGCAAAAAAAAACAAACAAAACAUUGAUAUUCAUGUGAUCAAAUGGUGCAAUUCUAACAGAGGUUCAGGAAUAACUCCACAUUUAAAAUACAGUGAAACUAUGAUAUGUAUGUACGUAAAUAAGUAAAUGUAUAAACACAUGGGCAGAUAUAUAAAUAAAUAAACUU